AUGUCUAUUGCCCGUGUUGCCCUUAGCUCCAUCUCCUUCAAGGCUGCUGUUCCCUCCAUCGCUGCUCGUAGCUUCUCUGCCGCUGCCGUUAUGCAAAAGGAUGUUGUUCAAGAUUUGUUCAUCAAGGAGUUGAAGGGAUACAAGCCUGCACCUGUUGCUGCUGCUGACGAGAGUGCUGUCAAGGAAUUGAAGCUCCCUGCUGCCCCUGCUGUCCCCGAAGUUGAUGCUGAUUUAUCUCAACAAUUGGCCGCUUACGAUGCUGAGCCCGAGGAAGCUGCUCAAUAA